AUCAUUUAUUUUUCAAAAUAUUACACUAGUAAAGUGCUCAAACCAAACGGUCAUUUGACCUGCCAAGGUUUCGCUGCAUAAUUUGAUCAUCGCAAUGGUGCAAAAAGGAUCUGGAGGAGUAGUACUUAAACCUCAGCAAGCAUCAAUGAAUCAAUCCAUGAAUUAUGAAGCGAUUUCGCAAGAUCCAUUGAAGCAUGUCAUCACAUUUAUAGAAAAGAAAAUUCGGAAUCUUGACAAAAGAAAAGCAAAGCUAGAUGGUUAUCGUCGAAUGGUAGAAGAUGGGAAACCUCUAGAUCCUGAUCAAACUGCGGCGGCUUCGAAGUAUGACGAAGUCAUUGGAAGUCUUGAGUUUGCGAAAGAUCUCAUCAAGAAUUUUGAGGCGACUACGAUUGAGGUUAUGAAGCAACAAAGAAAAACUACUCGACGUGAGCAGACUGCCAGAGAAGAGGCAGAUCACAAUAGAGUUUGUUUUGUUGUUAGAAGUUCUCGCAUCAUGGAGUUACUCUAUGAGAAUGAGUUGAUAAGAGAGGAUUUUCUCAAUGGAAGUAACGGAGCUUGCGUGGUUUCGAAACUAGAACUGGAUCAACUGGUAAACUUCUAUGACUUGUUCAUUAUGAAGUCUUAUGAAGCUGGUACAAACAUUACAGAGGAUGCUAACUCGGCUGGAAAUCACAUGUAUGAGCUUGCGGAAGGAAGAAUGAAAGAUAUAGUUGGAACUUCUUACAAAGAACUUCAUGCUUUGUUGGAUCGUAUUAACGAUUGCAAAUACUUUGAAGACCUCAGAGAUAUCAACCCAGUUCCUGAAACCCACCACACACCAGCGAAAAAUGAAGUUGCGAGUGUGAGUUCAGACUCUAGUGCGGAAGAGGAGUUGAGUGAGAAACAAGAAGAGGAGAAGGAUUACGAAGAGGAACGAAAUGAGGAUGAGGAAGUAGAGACUGCCGAGACGCAUGCGUUGAGUCCAAACACAUCUGACUCCAUCUCAUCUUCUGGAUUUGCUGAUGCUCCGUUGAAGACAGAAGAGUUUUUGGCUUCAAGCAGAUCAGUAACUUACACAGCUCAUACCAAUGAUACAACUAGUUGGCAGCAACAACCAUCUAAACCAGAGCAGGCAGGUGACUAUUUGCCACAAAGUGUCAAUUUCCAGUAUACAUCUACCGUUCCCAGCCAAAUGAAGAUACAAAAUCAGUCCUCUUCGUAUCAGGCUCAGAGAAUUCAGGAAGUUUUAGCCGAAGUUCAAGGACCUUGCCAAUUCUUACAAGAAUCAAUCAUCGAACGUGAAAUGGGGGCUAAUCCCGCAAUUCUGUCAUUUACCGGGAUGGAAAUGCACCAACAGACAAUGCCUGCUACUACCGUUUCGCCGACAUCUCGUACACACCAAAUGCCGCGGACAUCAGCGCUCGAAUCUGUCUUCCAACAGGGCCAAACGCAGAGCAUUUCACCUAUAGACCAAAAUAUGAUGCAGUCACAAGGGCUCCCUGGCACCCAGCAACAUUUGCAGACAAAACAGAAAGACAAUCAGUCCCCUCUUAACAACACUGUCUCUCACCAAGAACAUUUGAACACGGUUUCGGAAACGCGCCAGUCCGGCCCCCAAGAACCUGAUUUUCGGUCUUCACCAAAUACAUAUAUGCCGCCAGCGACAAGCACACAACCUCCAUCUACUGUGGGUUACACGAUGGGCAGACAACCGCCUGAUAAUUUAGGCCUUGGUCAGACGACAUUCGGAAGCCAGCAGCAAUCUUCAGAGCAACAAAUGUCUUUCAUUUCACAGACGACCAAUGAGUCUGAAGCAUUUCAACAGGAUGAUAAGGUUCCGUCAGACGCAUACAAAUCUAAUGCCGGUUACCCACAGUCACAUACCCAACAACCCGCUGUAAUACAAAACCUAAUGCAGCAACAUUCUCUUUCAACCCCAUCUCUUCAAGCCCCCGACCCACCAUCAACCCACAUUCCCUUACCAAAUGAACAACAGUCUGGAUAUAGAAGUUACCAAGCAAAUGACAAUGUACAGGCCGAUAUUAAACCAAUUGAACCAACAUCACAGAACCAGCGAUCGUCUCCAAGCGUGAUGCAACAGGACCAAACCAUCAGUAAAGAUUCUCAAGAUCCUGCAGUUUCUUCCAGCACUGGAGAUUCGCCUCGUGAAAGCAAAGUAGGAAACCAACAACAACCAGGUGACCAAAACCAAGGAUACCAAUCAAGAGGGGGGCAGCAAAAUGCCAAUGCUGGUAGAACAGAUAGAGGAAACUAUGGUAGAGGAAAUCAGAACUACAAAUCUGGACCAGUUAACCAGGGUGGUGGUAAUGGAGGUUACCAUCAGCAGAGAGGAAAUUACAGGGGUGGAAACAGAUACAACAACGGGAAUUUCGAUAGUAUAGGAAGACCAAACAAUUACCAGGGUGGAUACCAAAAUAACCAAUCUGGUGGUUACGUGCCUAGACAAUAUCAGCCGGAUCAGUAUGGAUAUAGAAGAGGUUCUGGUGGUGGUAUGAGAGGGGGCAGAGGUCACCAAGGACGAGGUAAUCCUAGAGCUGGAGGAGGUGGCGGCAAUUACAACAGGUCCCGGACAUUCAGGCCACAUCAAUCUGGCGAACAAGCGACGUAAUUGUUACUCAUAAAAGCAGAACGACGUACUUAAGCGACCAACUAAAUAACUGAACUUUUAUUAUCUUUUGUAUAACGAUACAUUCAUCUUCAUUCAGUAAUAUACUGUUGUGCUCGAAAAGCUUGGUAUUGUCGAAUUGAUUUAAUGAGGUGCGAUUUAUCUCCGCCUUUUGCUUGAACAUGCAUGAAUUGAUACGUUUCAAACUUGGCCGUUUCUUUUUCUUCAGUUUCUAUUCUGCCCGUCAUGAACUCUUGAACCUGCAAAAAAAUUUUCAUGCUGACAACCUGUGUUUUACUGGUAGCUGCUUAUUUACUGUGCUGCCGUUAAGUUUUCCAAAAAAAAAAAUGAAAUGCGGACUGAA